AUGCCCGAGAUCAAACGGAGACCUGGCAAGCGCGGAGGCUGUGAAUGUCUCCCUGCAGAGCCGGGUGUUGCAUCUUUUCAAGGAGUGGCUGUUCGCAGCCUCAGCACAUCCUCCCCUCAUGAACACCCAGAACAUGGAAGAUUAGUUUAUAAAGGAAAUUUGGCAAAGGCAGUGUUAGGUGUGAGGUUUUUCUCUUACUCCACCAGCAUAUUCAACCUGUUCAUGAUGCCCUACAUCAUUCUCAAAACUGGUAUUGGAUUUGAAAGCCUGUUUAUACAAGCUGCCUUUUAUGGGUUGAUUGGGUUUUUUACAUUUGUAACACCGGUUACUUUGCAUGUCCUUACAAAAGGCUAUGUGAUUCGACUCUAUUAUAAGGAUGAAAUGGACACGUAUACAGCCAUUACAUACAAUGCGAUCUUGACAGAAAAAGCGACUGUUUUCCAUCAGAAAGAUGUAAAGAUUCCAGACAUCACCAAGAUGUUUACAACAUUUUACGCUAAAACGAAAUCAAUGCUUGUUAAUCCGACGCUUUUCCCGAAUCCUCAGGAUUAUAACCAUCUCAUGGGCUAUGACAAGUCCUUUUAUUUUAACUUAGAGGAGGAGAAGGAAGCUGAUGAAAGGAAAUAAUUUGAAGAUAAUGAAUGUCACUAUCAUUGUUCGUGGUGCAGUGCUAUAUAUGUGAAAGAAUGUAAAAUUCUAUUACACUUUCUUAAGUAUCAGGUAGCUAGAGUUCCCCAAAUGCAUUUUGGAAUGUAUUAAAAAUGCCCAUUUUUCUAAACUUGUAAACAAUGUGAGGGUUUCUUCGGAGUUAAUGACACAAAACACAGUAAAAAAAAAAAUAUGCUUAGAUCUGCCUUGUGUUUGCUUGUUCUUCGCUUGCUUUUUAUUGUUAACUAUCCAGGAGAACUGUAAAAUGCAUGAGCUGUGCAGCAAUCUCACCAUCUCCAUUUCAAAAGGAACCAUUCAUAGAAAAAAAAUCAUUAAUACUCAUUACCUGUCAAGUACAUAGUUAAGCUUUUAAGCCUUAAAGAUUAAUUGUACUUAAUCCAAAAAGAUCGGGCUUUUUCAUCAACGCUGCUGGUGGUAUAAAGGGAGUGGACAUGGCUUUGACUUCCCUUUGUGAGAGCAUCGGUAGCCAGGAGGAGUCUACAGAAAGCGGACAGGUAUUGUUGCUAGUUGGUGUUACAGCCUCCUUCUAGAGGCCUGCAGGCCCCUGGAGAAGAUAGGGGGAAUGGCUGCGUCACGGUAAUCUCUAGCCACUCACAGCUACUAAACGGUCUUUUCAGCUAGAGUCCUACUCUGAGCAACCCUGUCCCCAGCGGUGGAGAACAAGAAGCCUCUCUUUUGUUGGGCAGGGGGAAGCACCUUCGCAUAAGAUUUGCUCUGUGAAUAUCCCGUUGAAAAUGUGCUGUAUUUGAACUGACUUAAAGAAAAUACUA